GCCCUACCUGCCCAGCAACUACGUCAGCCUCACCACGCUGUCCGCGCUGCGCCAGCCUGACGGCGCCUCCAACCCCAACCUCAACGGAGAGCUGAGCCGCGGAGAUCCGCCUCCCCCGCCCCCGCGCAGGCCGCGGAGACCAUGCAGGCUGUGGAGGCCCCCGCGGCGCCCGAAACCCCGGCCGCACCCCUGCCGGUGGUGCUGCAGGAGCGGCUGCCCGGGAACGGUGCCUCGCUGUCUGACGACGAGAGUAACGUGAAGCAGGUGAAGGUGAAGAAGGAGAAGCGCAAGAAGAAGCUGUGUCUGCUGCCCAAAGGCGGCCGCGCCACCAAGGACGAGGCCGAGGGCGACGAAGCGUCCACGUCCACGCGCCUCAGCUGGAGCCGCUUCUUCGGCAGCCCCAAGCACAAGGCGUCCUCCAAGGACAAGAAGGGCGCCAAGGCAAACCACAAGUCCAAGUCCCCGACCUCCUCAGCCAAGGCGGCGGACAAGAGCGAGCGGAAGUCCCAGCGAGAGAGGGAGCGCUCCAGGGAAUCCCGCGGCGGCGCCUCGCGGGACAAGGGUGGGCGCGAGACGCGGGGCGGCCACCAGCAGGAGGCCGACACCGCCAAGCCCGCAGAGAACAAGAACGCUAAAAACCUGCAGAAGCUUGACUCGGAGCGCUCCAACGGCAGCCUGAAGAGCAAGUCCCCGGCGCGCAAGGCGGCGGACGGCAGGGGCAGCAGGAGCGGCCGCAGGGAGAGCAGGGAGAGCAGGGAGCAGCUGGCGCAAGCCCAGCAGCAGCCCCUGCAGAUGCAGCAGCAGCAGGCGCAGAACCAGGCACAGGGGCAGCAGCAGGGACAGCAGCAGGGCCAGCAGGGGACGCAGGGCCAGCAGGGGCAGCGCUACCAGGGGUUUCAUUGGGACUCCCCCUCCCCCCUUUCUGCCAGUCACCACGGCGGGCAUCUACCCAGGCUACGACUCAGGGGCGGACUCCGGCGUGGGACUUAAGGUGAUGCCCCGCGCCAGGCGGUCCCGGGGGAGAGUCGCCACGGGGAGAGCUCUGGCUACGAGUCAGUCAUCAGGGACUCCGAGUGCUCGUCCUUCGGCUCCUCGCAGGACUCUGGACUCGAUGACGACGGCGUGAAGGG